UAAUCCAAAUUUUAACUUUUAUCAUGUGUGCAUUUGCUACGUGCUUAAAAGUACAGGACAACCUGUGCUGAAGACCUCAGCUGAACUUUAGACUUAGAAGACUGUUAUACAUAUAUGGAAACAAGGGAAGCUAGAAUUAGCGAUUUCUAUGAAGGGAUUGUAUUUUCAAAACUGCAUGACGCAGAGGUGAUUAGAUCUUAUCUCGCCCGCUAUUUGGAGCUAUUAACUCCCUUUGUGGGUUUCUAAUCAGAGAAGAACGAGACGGUUGACCUUUUGGGUAAGGUAGUUAGACUUUGGACAAUCAAGCUGCUGAUCUGCGGAAAUAGGGAACCGAAAUUACCUUGCAAGAGCUUAAUGUAUUUUCAGAGAAGAUGACUAAUGUUUUAAUAGCUGUCUGAGACGUGACUGCAUAGAUGUGCCAUUAGUUUGGUGCAGACUUGCAGGCUAUAAGAGGAGAACUCACCUCUCUUCUUUAUUCUUCUUCUUCUAUCUCCUCCUCUCUCUUCCACUCAGACUGAGUUCAGACUAGACCCUUCUGGCUGGACUUCGUCUUUUCUUACCUUUUUCCUUCUUAUAUUCCGGGGCUCAUUUGAACUCUUUGAUCAUCUUACAGGUUUUUAUUCGUAUCAGAUACAUUGUCUUUAUUAUUGUUAUUUUGAAAUGCAGGUAUUUUAUAUGCUUGUGAUAUAUUUUGUGUUAUUUUACUAAUAUUUUUAAUUACUUUUGCAUAUUGUAAUCAAUGAUAUUGCAUUAAUCUUAAAUGAGUAAAAUCCAAUAUAUAUGGAAUGCUUUUAAAACUAUAUUGAUUUUGAAUUUGUAUUUUCUAUAUUUGAAGUUAACUUUAAUAAUUAAUAAUCUGUUUGCAAGAAAUGAGUUGUUGUCACACUUCUCCUUUUCUGUGAAUAAAUUUACAUACUAAAAACCCACCCCACCGUCUGACCAGGAUUGAAGUCUCUAAUUUUUUGCAUCAGUUUUUGGAGGCACCGCUGGGAUCGUUGAAGUUUUCAUUUCAUUGAAGUUUGAUGCAAACGCAAGGCAAAAUAAAGAGAGGUGUCCGUGCAUGCUGUCGAGAAAUUAUUCGGCGUAUAUUCAUCCAACACGGACAGUUCAACGAGUGACUCCCUGGGGAGACUUCUGGGGCAGUGCCGCCCAUAAGACGAUUCAAAGCGACCCAGGAGUGAUCGCAGUGCUCGUGGCUGGGUCUGUGCCGACCCCACCAUUGCCUGACGUGGUACCAGGCACAACAUCAGCGACUGUCGGGAUCUGGUACUUCAAACAUCGGUGUUUCAUCCCUGGAAUUGGACAUUCCGUGGUUUCGCUGUUCUUCGGCCCAGCGACAUCUGAGAGACCAGUGGUAAACCGUAAGAGUAGAUAUUGGUUUUGCGACCAAUUUCCGUGGUGUCACUGUGACUCUGAAAACUGUGCGUUCAGAUAUUGCUUUUUAUGCUUAUACCCAAUCAAUUGACAAAAUGAGUUGUUUCAUAUACACCAUUUUGGUAAUUUUCCUCGGACAAUUCCCUUCUAAAGGAAGCACAUCGGAACCAGCAAUGAAACUUUUGUAUGAGCGUACACACCCUCUUAUGGCUGAACGUCCUCCUCACCAGUAUAAUCUGUGGUGGAGAUUGCUUAAUUAUACGACACACACAGAAGGACUUUCUGACUGUUAUGUGUGUGCCAAUACUCCGCAUUCUACGGACAAACCUUUUAGGUUGCAACCGGUAGCGAUCCCUGAGGUACAGACAAAGUGUUUAAUAUGGUUGCAAACUAUAUUUCUUAGUGCACCUGAUUCGCCUUGGACCUUCUGGAUGUCUACAGUACGACGUGAUAUGUUACGGCUCGGAGUAGAUGCUAAAUUUGCAGAGGAAUGUGUAACUGUGUGUAAUUAUAUGUAUAAUCAUGACUCUCUUCCUUGGAUAGCUCAUAUCAGAUUCACACCGGCAGAUUCCAUGCCAUCCGCAUUACAAGUUCAGGGCAGAACAGAUCAAAUUAUACCAAUAUGUAUUUGCCAAAAUUCAGGAAUAAGAGAUAAAUGGAUGGGACACUCUAUGUGUGCUCGUAGAUAUGCAAAUUUAGAAAAAUUAAAGCCUUGGGGACCAGAUAUCUCCUCUGGUAACUUAUGGUCCUCUGAAAAUUCUACUCAAUACUCGCUAAUGACAGAUAGUGGCUCUAGAAUGUUUAAAGUUUAUCAUGAUUCAAUAAUCCCAACUGAUAAAAUCCCUUAUAUACCCUUGAGAGGUAAAUACUGGAUUUGUGGCAGUAAUGCUUAUCAUUGGCUGCCAAAGGCAUGGUCAGGAUGCUGUUAUGUGGGCACACUUGACACUCAUUUAACUUUUAUGUCAAGGACUGGGGAACCUUUAGUUAAACAACGGCGCUCAAGACGAGUUAAACGAGCCCCCCGUAUACAGGAUUACAGACCUCACCUUCGUAUCUCUCCAGGUAUUAAAACAUUGGAGGGAGUUUUUCCAUGGUAUGGCACAGUGCAUAAUGCUUAUUUAAUCGAUAAUAUUAGCUUGGAAUUAGAAUCUUUUGCUGAUUAUGCUAUAGAAGGAUUUCACUUAUUAACAGAGGAAAUGAAGGAUGUUAAAUUAGUUGCUUUGCAAAAUCGUGCUGCCCUCGAUUAUAUUCUUGCUCGAGAGGGUGGAGUUUGUGCGUUAAUAGGAGACCAAUGUUGUACUUAUAUUCCUGACAUUACAGAUAACAUGACCGAUGUCAUUAAUCACAUGAGGCAAAUAAGAGAUGAAAUAGAUAAAAGUAGUGUUGUUUCUGACCAAACUGAUGUAUUCUCCUGGGUUAAAGGCAUCUUAGGAAAGCCCUUCUGGGGUUUCAUCAGUGAUCUGGGUACAUGUUUUGCUAUGAUUGUUACCAUUUUACUUGUGACAUAUAUCUCGGCGCGUAUUUUAAUCAUGCUUUGCAAAAGGAAUAAUCCUCAAGAAAUAUAUACUCCUAUGGCUACUGCAGUUAAACGUAAAAAUGAAGAUGUGGUUUAGAUUACAUGAUGGUAGACUGUAGCAAGUCCUCGACCCAGCAAAAGUCCGGGUGAGGUCAGGGGUCGGAUGCUUUUAGUGCUCCUCGUCUGACCAGCUUGGUGAAGAAUUCCUGUCAGCUUUGAGAUGGCUGGGGUUAUAGGGGUUCCUGCAGUCCGCCUGAGAUUAUGCUUUAUUCAUUUAUUCACCUAACCUUUCUUUGAAUAGAAAAUGUCUUACUUAACCAACUUGUAUGCAUAUAUGUCUAUAUUUACAAUUAUGUAUUCAUUGUUAUUAUUUUUGACUAUUAUGUAUCUUAUGUUCAAGGGAAAGGAUUUUGGGUGCGAGUCUUUUUGUCAAGACUCGAGUGGGGGACUGGUGUAAUCCAAAUUUUAACUUUUAUCAUGUGUGCAUUUGCUACGUGCUUAAAAGUACAGGACAACCUGUGCUGAAGACCUCAGCUGAACUUUAGACUUAGAAGACUGUUAUACAUAUAUGGAAACAAGGGAAGCUAGAAUUAGCGAUUUCUAUGAAGGGAUUGUAUUUUCAAAACUGCAUGACGCAGAGGUGAUUAGAUCUUAUCUCGCCCGCUAUUUGGAGCUAUUAACUCCCUUUGUGGGUUUCUAAUCAGAGAAGAACGAGACGGUUGACCUUUUGGGUAAGGUAGUUAGACUUUGGACAAUCAAGCUGCUGAUCUGCGGAAAUAGGGAACCGAAAUUACCUUGCAAGAGCUUAAUGUAUUUUCAGAGAAGAUGACUAAUGUUUUAAUAGCUGUCUGAGACGUGACUGCAUAGAUGUGCCAUUAGUUUGGUGCAGACUUGCAGGCUAUAAGAGGAGAACUCACCUCUCUUCUUUAUUCUUCUUCUUCUAUCUCCUCCUCUCUCUUCCACUCAGACUGAGUUCAGACUAGACCCUUCUGGCUGGACUUCGUCUUUUCUUACCUUUUUCCUUCUUAUAUUCCGGGGCUCAUUUGAACUCUUUGAUCAUCUUACAGGUUUUUAUUCGUAUCAGAUACAUUGUCUUUAUUAUUGUUAUUUUGAAAUGCAGGUAUUUUAUAUGCUUGUGAUAUAUUUUGUGUUAUUUUACUAAUAUUUUUAAUUACUUUUGCAUAUUGUAAUCAAUGAUAUUGCAUUAAUCUUAAAUGAGUAAAAUCCAAUAUAUAUGGAAUGCUUUUAAAACUAUAUUGAUUUUGAAUUUGUAUUUUCUAUAUUUGAAGUUAACUUUAAUAAUUAAUAAUCUGUUUGCAAGAAAUGAGUUGUUGUCACACUUCUCCUUUUCUGUGAAUAAAUUUACAUACUAAAAACCCA